AUUAUUUGUUGAAAGAUGUUUUCUUAUUGAGUUUAUGAUCUGUUUGAGAGGAAUUCAAAAUUUUAAGUCAGUGAAUGCUCAUAAUUGCUGAACCCAUUAGCAACGUGUGUGUGUGUGUACAUUUACAUAUUUAAAUUGUUCAACUAUGUGUGUCAACUAUAUAUAGGUUGAGUCGAAAGCAAUGGACACCUGUUGCACAUAUACUACCUCAGCCUAUAUUGUUAAAGGAAAUCUUUUUGGCGGUUUCUGCAUGACCCUUGAUAGGAAGAUGUGGAGGUCGAGAAAUAAGAGAAAUAUUCAAACUCAGUGAAGGGAGUUCAAAGUAAUGGAUAAGGAGAAAAUAGAGCAUUUGAAGAUUCAAAUGCAGCAGUGGUUAUAUGAAGUUGAAGAAUAUGUUCAUCAGAUACCCCCUACUCAACUUUAUGCUGCAAUUGGUGUCGUCUUAUUUACCGUGAUUUUGUUUCUAAUAAUUCGCCUUUUUAAACGUACUACAUCUAAUACAAUUUUACUCACUGGACUGAGUGGAAGUGGCAAAACUUUCCUCUUCUACCAGCUUAGAGAUGGCUCAGCCCAUCAGGGUACUGUGACAUCGAUGGAACCAAAUGAAGACAGUUUUAUACUACAUUCCGAGAGGGACAAGAAGGGGAAAACAAGACCUGUUCAUAUUGUUGAUGUUCCAGGGCAUUCUCGUCUGCGUUUGAAAUUAGACGAGUUUUUGCCUCAAGCAGCUGGCAUUGUGUUUGUGGUGGAUUCAGUGGAAUUUUUACCAAACAGCCGUGCUGCUGCAGAGUACCUGUAUGAAAUAUUGACGAAAGCAACUGUGGUCAAGAAAAAGAUUCCAGUACUUCUCCUGUGCAACAAGGUCGAUAAAAUAACUGCACAUACAAAGGAGUUCAUAAGGAAACAGCUGGAGAAGGAAAUCGACAAGCUUCGUACAUCAAGAACUGCUGUAUCUGAGGCAGAUAUUUCUAACGAGGUUACGCUUGGAGUACCUGGAGAACCAUUUGGAUUUUCUCAGUGCUAUAACAAAGUAAUUGUUGCCGAAGCUUCUGGUUUGACUGGUGAAAUCUCUCAGUUGGAGCAGUUCAUCAGGGAGAAUGUGAAACCUUGAUUCAAUAGUCAGUCAACGACUCAAAGUGGUUUCCUUGUACCCUUUUCCUUUCUUCCUCAUUGAUGGAGGAGGAAGAAAAAGACAUAGUUAGAUGGGAUGAUCAAGAUAAAAAUAGAAUUUGGACAGUUUUUUUUCUUCUCUUUUGUAAUUUGAUUCAUUCAGACUUUGUUAGUUUGUUAUGUCUUGAAAAACUUGUUAAUGGCAAAUGCCUAGCUAGCUUGGACUAUCUUUGUGUCUAUUUUUUUUGCUCAUUCCAGAUU